AUGGUCAAGACUACUUAUGCCCUUACGCUCUUUGCGGCCGUCAGCUUGGCGGCUCCCGUUGCUCAGCUGAAUGGCCGUGCCGAGAAGCAGGAUUCAGUUGAGCACAAGAACCUCAUUGAAGAUAUCCCCAUCCUUGGAAAGAUGCUCGCAGGGAAGCAGGAUGGCAAGCGCGAAGUGGCUCAGCCUCAGCACCACAACCUCAUCGAUGAGCUUCCCGUCGUGGGGGAUUUCCUUGGCAACAACAAGCAGAACCAGCGCCGAGAUGUCGCGGGGGAUGGUAUCAGUGGUUUGCCAGUCGUCGGAGAAUUGUUUGGAAAGCACACACAUGCUGGCGGUCAAAAUGGCAUGAACAAGCGCCGCGGCUUCGGUCAAAACUAUGGCCAGAACGCUGGUCAAAAUGAAGGUCAGAACCAUGGCCAAAACGCCGGGCAAAAUGCCGGGCAAAAUGAAGGUCAGAACUAUGGCCAGAACGCCGGUCAGAAUCGCGGCCAGAACAACGGCCAGAACAACGGCCAGAACAACGGCCAGAACAACGGCCAGAACAACGGCCAGAAUGGCGGCAAAAACUGGAAGCGUGGCCUCGAAAACAGCCUCCGCACCAUUCCCAUCGUCGGGGAUCUUUUCGAAAAGAACAAGGAUACACCCUCUCACCAGCAGACGGAAACUCCUGCCAAGCACCUCGAGACGCGCCAGGCAGGACAUUCCAAGGGUGUCUUCGGUGUGCUGCAGUCUUUGACUAGCGGUAGUCCCGUUACCAAGAGUCACAAGCGCGAUGAGCCGGCCGCCUCCAAGGCCAACGAGGGCCAGCAGGGUAAGCCGAAGGGAGCCGAGAGCCCGGAAGGCAAAGAGAACGAGAGCUCUCGCGGCCUGCUCGGCGAAUUAAUGAGCGAUGAAGGUCUCGGUUCCCUCAAAGGCAACUCUGAACAUGGCUUCGGUCUUAUCCCCAUACGUCGUGACGCCAAGGAGCUUGAGGCCCGGCAAGCCCCCAUCCAGGGAUCCACACUCACUGGUGUUCUCCUCGAGGGCGGUGCUGUGGGCAAGGUCUCCAAUUUCCUCUCUGGAGGUGCUAAGCCCAAAUCCGGUGAGAGCUCCCCCACUGACAUGAGUGACGGCUCUACUGCCGGUCCUCCAGACCCUGCGUCUGGUGCUGGUCCUCACUCUGGUCCUGGCUUUGCUGCUCAGCAGCAACAGCAACAGCAACAGGGGUCUGGUGCUGCUUCCGAGUAA